AUGUCGGUCGAAAUCAAAGCCAUCGUCCCCAUCGAACAGCAACAUGAGCUCGCUCGUGCAAGCUCCAAGGAGUCCAUUCACAAAAUCGAAGAUGCAGGCGAGGCAUACAUCGUCUCUGCCUUCGCGGAUCUAUCGCGGAAGCAAACGGUCAAGAAGUACUGGAAAGCUGUGAUCUUUUGUCUGUUCGCUAGCAUUGCGGCUGCAAUGGAUGGCUUCCAGACCAAGAUCCCGGGGUCCAUCAUCGCAAAUAGGGGCUUUAUAAAUCAGUUCGGAACGAUCACCGACUCGGCCGGUCUCCUCCAGCUCGACCCUCUCAUUGUCGCGGCGUGGGGUGGCAUUUUCCAGGGUGGCGUCAUCUGCGGCAACCUAUACGGUGGAUUCCUGAGCGACGUCAUAGGCCGAAAGUAUAUCCUCGCAUGGCUGACCAUCCUCUUGGCUAUCGGUGUCGCUAUCGAGUGCGUUGCCACCAGCUGGCAGGUCUGGGCGGUCGCCAAGAUCUUCACGGGCAUGGGCAAUGGCCUGGUCCAGACCCAAUGUGUUAUCUACGUCGCCGAAGUCGCUCCUAUCCGCCUCCGAGGCGCUCUCCUCGCCUCUUACGCCCUCUUUUACCAGCUUGGUGGACUCUGCGGUGCUAUCGGCCUUCAGAUUCUGGCUACUUCCCCUGAAGUGCUGGAUUUCCGCCGCGUCGUAUACUCCCAGUGGGUGUUCACUGGAUUGUUUGUCCUCGCUUGGCCCUUCGUGCCAGAGACCGCUUGGUACCACGCUCGCAAGGACAACCACGAGCUGUCGAAGGUUUCCCUGAAGAAGCUAUACGGCAAGAACUUUGACGCCGAGCACGAGUAUAAACUCAUGACUCUUGUACUUCAGGACGAGAGGAAGCUCGCUGCAGAGGCUGGUCAGACCAACUUUACCGAGAUCUUCAGAGGGUCCAACUUGCGCCGCUUCCUCAUCUCAGCCGCUAUCCCUCUUUUCGCUCAGCUUUCUGGAAACUCGCUCGUCAACGGUUAUACGUCUUACUUCUUCCAGCUCGCAGGAAUGGCCAAUCCUUUCCUCGGGGCUAUGAUUGUCAGCCUUAUCGGCCUGCUCGGCGUCCUCGGGGCCUUUUUCACCUCUGAUCUUUUCGGUCGUCGACCUCUUGCUCUAGGUGCUGGGGUCAUCCUCUCCUCCUCUCUGUUCAUCAUUGCCAUCAUGUCCGUCAUCCCCGAUACCACCGCCCGCUCGACCGUCUUGAUCUCCUUCAUGUGUCUGUGGGCCUUUGGGUACAAUUCGGGCAUCGCUCCUAUCGGUCCUGCAUACCAAGGCGAGACCGCCACGCCGCGGCUCCGAGCUAAGACCAACAGUCUAUCUCAAGCGACAGCCCAGUCACUGUCGCUUGUCUUUAGCUACUGUGUUCCCCUCAUGCUCGCCAAGUGGAACAUCCGAGCUGCGUUCUUCUUCUUCGGCACAUGCUGCUGCGCGACAGCUGGCCUCUACUUCCUCUUGCCUGAGUACAAGAACAGAUCAUACGCCGAGCUCGACGAGAUGUUUCAGGCCAAGGUGCCAGCUCGCAAAUUCAAGGCAUACAAGACCACAGCCCAGUAUGCGGCGGAGGCGGACCGAGAAUACAGGGAGCGUCAACAGGUCUAA